UCCGUUUUUCGAGGAUCUCGUUUAGAUAAUUAUCUGGAUGGAAAGCUUAUAUGAAGAAAAAGCAUAAUUGAAAAAUUCGAAAACCAAUCUGCACCUGUUUUAUUCCCUUGAACGACUGAUUUCCAUAUCAAUGUAGAGAAAUUAGAUCUACUUAUCUUAAUCAUGGACUAGAUAAAAAAACAAGAAAACAUCUCCUUGGAAGUAAAACUACAACUGUGCCUUUCAAACAACAGCAACAACAAAAGACGUUAUUCGACAAAGGUGAAAAUGACUUCAAAUGUCAAAAGCUUGAAGUAUCGAGUUAUCUGCAAUGAAAACAAUUUGUCUUUUAGAAGCAAAACUUCUCAUGGAAGGCGAAAUAGUUUUUUUCUUCCAACGCAUUUGGAAUUGUUCCUUGGUUCAGUUUCGCUCAGAAAGGCUUUUCUCUUUACAAUGAUAAUGAUAAAUGGAAUUUCACCUGCAAUCCUUGAAAGUGUCUAUCCAACACCGUCUUUGCRGCCAACAGAAAGUUCAACUUCAAGUCGAACGCAAAAACACACCUUUCSAACAGCUUUAACCGUUCUUCAAAGCCUUUCUCUUUCGUCGUGCUUAUCAUCUAAAGAAGCAACUCAAAGAUCUUCACAAACUGCGGCUACUACACCCCAAGGUCUGUCACCUCAACCAUCAUCUUCCACGGGGCCAGCAGGAUCGCUACCAACAACAACCUCACGACAUGCAUCACAAUUACCAAGACCCGGAGGAACUCUACCACCAUCGCAGACACCAACUUCAGGAUCUGAAGGACCUCCACCUGCACCACCAAUACCAGGAUCGCCACCACCAUCGCCACAAUCAACCACAGGACCUACAGGACAUCCACCGCCACCUCAAAUCCAUGGAUCAUCACCAUCUCCAUCAUCGACCUCAGGACCUGCAGGACCUCCGCCACCACCACCACCACCAAUUCCAGGACCACCACCGCAACCACCACCAC